CCCAUCCGCCCGGGCCGCCAUGGCGCAGGGGCAGCCGUGGGUGGCGGCGGGGCCGCGGGGCUGCGCCGUGCACUCGGGGCGGCCGCUGGAGCUCUUCUGCGGGGACUGCGGCCGCUGCGUCUGCGCCCUCUGCCCGGCGCUGGGUCCGCACCGCGGCCACGACGCCCGCCUGCUCCUCCAGGCGGCCCGCGACAAGCAGGAACUCCUCACAGUGUAUUUGAGGAAUCUAGAGGUGAGAAAAGAGCAACAAGCUGGUAACAGAAGGAGCGUAGAGCAAGCUGCUGAUGAUCUAAAGGCACACGCCGCUACAAGCAAACAGCAGCUGCUGGACAGAGUGACACAGCUCCAGUUACUGCUUCAGGAAGAGGAGAGACUGGCACGAAAUGUCAUUGAUGAAAAGACUCAGCAGGCCCUUGAAGCACAUGGUCAGCAGGUGCAGUCCUGUCAAGAAGAGCUUGCAGCCCUGGAGGCAUUCUCACGUCGAAUCAGAGAGAUACAGCAGUGCAGUGAUCCUAUUCAGUUCCUGGAGAAAUGCACAGAAAUUGAGAAGGAAAUGCAGGAUUCAAGGAGACAGCCGGAACAGUGGCAUCCGAUACCACUCUCAUUUGAGCACAUACUCAACCACUAUUCAUGUCUCAUGAAAUUUCUUCAGUCCAUUCUACAGAAGCCGCUAGAAGUUCGGCUUAAAGAAGAUGUAUUCGGUAGCCUUAAUGCCACCUCAAAGAGGGAGCCUGGAACAAUGCUGAAAACCAUGUCUCCUGUUGAUCGGAUGCUUUUCUUAAAACAUGCAAGAUCACCAACCUGGGAAUAUGACAGCCUUCAUCCAAGGCUGAAGUUGUCUGAUGACCGUCUCGUAGUAAGCUGUAACUGGAGGAGGAUAUUUUACCCUUGUGGUCCGCAGAGAUUUGAUAAAUUAUGGCAAGUGCUAAGCAGAGAUGCAUUCCUCUCUGGGAGCCAUUACUGGGAAGUUGACCUCCUUCAUGCUGGAGCUGGGUGGUGGAUUGGUGCAGCCUACCCUUCCAUUGGCAGGAAAGGAGACUCUGAAAGCUGUCGCCUAGGCUGGAAUAGAGCAUCUUGGUGCAUUAAAAAGUUUGAUCUUGAAUACUGGGCAUUUCACAAGGGGGAGAGGAUCCCUCUCCUGAUAGAAGAUGAUCCUGAUCGCAUUGGUGUUUUUCUGGAUUAUGAAGCUGGAAUCCUUUCAUUCUAUAAUGUUACUGAUGGCAUGACGCAUUUGCACACCUUCCGCUGCAAGUUCACAGAGCCAGUUUAUCCAGCUUUGAGGCUCUGGGAAGGGUCCAUUGGAAUAUGGAAACUAACGUAAGGAAUGAAGUAAAAUAAAGCCUACUAUCUCAUGUUUUUUGUAUGACAGCCGCUUUAGUAGAGAUUUACAUGAACCACUUCCUGUUAUAUGAAGAUUCAACUGUGGCACUUCUAGAGGAGAACGGGGAAGUUCAAGAAAAUCAGCUGUUUUUAAGUAUAGUAUCUAUCUGUAUUUUCAGUGGAGGUAUCACCUAAAGUGCCUUGCAUUGUAUUUUUGUACUUGAUUCAAACUUGCAAAAUGGAAAAAGUCUGGUUAGUGCUUGAAAAAAUGCUUAUUAAAGCUCAGAUUUGAUCCUGAAAA